AUGGCCUCGACCGACACGCAAGACCCCUACCCGACUCCCUCGCCCACCGCCAAACCCGCCUCAGCGGCCUCUCGCUACACCGGACCGCACCGCUACGUCUACUCCGAUGACUGGAAGGAGCUCUACGAGGCGAUUGCGGGCGAAGUGAAGGAGAAGAAGCUGGACGUGGGUCAGGAGAAGAUGCUUGAAUUGGUCCUCGACAUGUGGGAUAGGGAGUUCAAGUACGACGAUGAGCCAGAGCCAGACGUCGGCCUCGAAAAGUCUCAAGGCUCGAACCUCACCCUUUUCCAGGACGACGACGACGACGAGCCCCUCCGUCUCCUCCCGACGCAGCCCGAAUCGAAGCAGGAGAAGCGCAAGAAGAAGAAAAAGAAGAGCAAGAAGGCGAAGCGGCAGGCGGCGAGCGAGGCGGUCAAGGACGGCGCGCACGAUUUCCAGGGCAGCGAGGCGGUCAAGCCUAGCAAGCAUCAGUUCUUCGGCGACGAGGAGUAA